AGCAACGCCCAGCGGAAGCGGAGCCGCCCCGAGUCGUUCGCGUCGCCGCCGGCGCCUCAGCCCAGUGUCUUCUCGGCCGAUGGCCGCCUACUCCUACCGCCCCGGCCCCGGGGCCGGCCCCGGCCCUGCUGCGGGCGCGGCGCUGCCGGACCAGAGCUUCCUAUGGAACGUCUUCCAGAGGGUCGAUAAAGACAGGAGCGGGGUCAUCUCGGACAACGAGCUGCAGCAGGCGCUGUCCAACGGCACAUGGACUCCAUUUAACCCCGUGACUGUCAGGUCGAUCAUAUCCAUGUUUGACCGAGAGAACAAGGCAGGCGUGAACUUCAGUGAGUUCACAGGCGUGUGGAAGUACAUCACCGACUGGCAGAACGUGUUCCGCACCUACGACAGGGACAACUCGGGCAUGAUCGACAAGAACGAGCUCAAGCAGGCACUCUCAGGUUUUGGCUACCGGCUCUCUGACCAGUUCCAUGACAUCCUCAUUCGAAAGUUUGACCGACAAGGACGGGGGCAGAUCGCGUUUGACGACUUCAUCCAGGGCUGCAUCGUCCUGCAGAGGUUGACGGAUAUAUUCCGACGCUACGAUACGGAUCAGGAUGGCUGGAUUCAGGUGUCUUAUGAACAGUACCUUUCCAUGGUCUUCAGUAUCGUAUAACCAUCAGCCUUUUGUGAAAAGCAGCGGGACUACAGAAGAAAGACUGAAAAUGCCAAAUCUCUUAACUUUAAUGGAAUGGAACACCGAUGUUCUAUUUUAUUAUAAUUAAUAUUGGGGGACCUGGUUGUACAUAUGUGGAUAGCUGAUUCAUGUUUUUGCAGUUUUAACAAUACUGUAAUGCAAACUGCAGCUGUAAUAGUAUCAUUAUGAUGCAAACGUUGGGUUUCAUGACAGUUUAAUUGUGCCACAAGGUAAAAAUGUAAUAAUGUAUCAGGAAUUCUGCUUGCAAAAAACGCAUCAUGUACUUUUCUAGAUAGCUUUAGUUCUAUAGUGAAAAUGCUUUUAUUAGCCAAUAGGAACCGUAAAAUAAUUCAGAACUUGCACAGGCUUUUCAUGUGCCUUACUUUUUAAAGAUGGAGUUUGUUAUUGUUAUAUUUGUUGGAAUAUGCAACAUAAACAAUAAAGUCAAUGGUCCAGA